GCAUGCCUUUCGAUGACGGAACCAGGACCGCCAGGACCGGAUGGACGUGAGGGACCGCCGGGACGAAAUGGACCUAGAGGAAAUAAAGGUCCUCGAGGAACGACGGGACUUAGUGGGGAACCAGGACAACCAGGGCCACAGGGAGGGCCAGGUCCAAGAGGUCCACAAGGACCACGAGGUGCUGAAGGACCGAAAGGGGAAACGGGACCAAUGGGUGGAUGA